CUUUACUUUUCCCCUUUCCUUAACAAAGACACGGCUUGCACACACAAACAAACAUCAGACAUACAGACACACAGGACCCUGCAUACAAAAUAUGCCAAGCGAGCUCCACCCAUUCACAGACUUUCACAAGGCUGGUUACUUGUAUUUACUCUGCUGCUGGGCAGCAUUUCUUUCCUACUGCGUGCUCUAUCAGACCGACCAGUUCAUAAGAAUAUGGGUUCGGCGACGAUCCCGAAGACGAAAUCGAUAUCGCAAACGGCGCAAAUUGCUGGUCGAUGAUGUUGGCCGUGAUGGCGACAAAGACGACGACAGCGACGACGACGACGACGAUAAAAUCAUCACGCCUCUACAAAUUAUCAACGAUUUCCUUCGACCCUUGGAAUACACCGUAACGAUACCCUAUGUCGCAACCAUGAUCUCUUUAAAACAUCUUAUUGGCAUGACCCUCUUCUCCAUCAUCAACGUUAUCUUUUGCUACUUUGCCCCGUUCAAGCUCCACCCCGAAGUCAAGGAAUACGAGUGGCCGAUCGCCGGGAUUAUAGAUCGUCGAGGUGCCUAUGUCUGUAUGGCCAACUGGAGCUUUGCCAUCGCACUUGGAACUCGAAACUCGAUCAUCACCAGUAUGUGCGGCAUGACAUUUGAGCAGCUUAUUCCUUUCCAUCGCUGGGUUGCUCGUGUCGGUCUUGCCGAAACGUUCUUCCAUAUCGUGUAUCGAUGGUGGGAAGGUGCCGCAGCCACAGGGAAAUGGUACGAUUCCUUUAUGUUCAAUGAAGAAUACUUCUCUGGGUCCGUCAGCACUGUUGGCUAUAUGAUUCUCUUUUUUACGUCAUUCAACUAUAUCCGACGCAACUAUUUCCGCACAUUUUACUACUCGCAUCUGCUCGGAUUUGUCGUUGGCACUGCUGGCGCCAUGUGGCAUGAGUGGUCAUGUAUAUACUUCUUUUAUCCAACCUGCAUCCUAUGGGUCUUGGACCGCGCGCUGCGGUCAUACAAGUCGUGGUGUGAGCCAAUCGAAUUGAUCGACAUCAAACAGCACAACGAAAAGGUCGUACACGCCAGAUUCUCAUAUGCUCCGCUCAAAUCUUUCCGGCCAGGCCAGUACUUUUUCACGGCGUUCCUGACUGGCAGCAAAGAAGAUGACAACACAAGAGGAUGGCAAGGCUGGCUACAGCAGCGUUUUGAUUGGUACCCCAUGACCGUGUCUGAUGUCUAUAAUCGAGACAUCGCCGGAUCCCAGGAACGCGCUGCAUCUAUACAUAUAAAGACCCUUGGUGACGGUACACGACAACUCAUGGAAAACGUUAGAGACGAACCAAAGAAAGUCGAUCUCCGAGUUGACGGACCCUAUGGCCCGCGUUUACAUUAUAUCGAUUACAAGGCCGUAGCACUGUUUGCUCUGGGCAUUGGUAUCACACCAGCUUUGACGGUACUUAAAGACUGCAUCGAACGCCCUGAUCAUCAGUCACGGGUACGCCGAGUAUUUCUCAUUUGGUCAGCAAUCAAUGCUGACGAAGUGCAACCCUUUGUCGACUAUAUCUCGCAUUGUAGAGCAUACCCGUCAUCUGUACAACUGAACGUGACCAUUCAUCUGACACGCGAACAAGAUGAUGCCAAGUGUGCGCAGCUCGCCGAGGCUCUGGAUUGCAAAGUCGUUCAAGGCAAACGACCGAAUAUCCCCGUAUGCUUGGAUCGAAUUGCCAAUAUCGUUGGUCAUCGUAAUGUGUGGGUCCACACCUGUGGCUCCGUUCCGUUCAUGACCACUAUCAUUAACGAAGCUACUAGACACAAGUUUGAUUUCCAUCACGAAACAUUUGAAUUUUAGAAAUGCUAUAUUGCUAUCUUUAUACUUAUUCGUCCUUUUACAUAGUUUUCAUAUCAUAACAUCGCCCUUUCUACGAUGUUUACAUAUUCUUUGAUCAUCCUUUCUCAUAUACCGCAUUCUUUGUAUUGCUUUUGUUAUUCAUAUGCUAUUUUACCAGUCAUUUUCUGCACCAUAAUUCUCAAUAAACAUUUAAUCUCAUCUUCACAUCUCUACACUGAGCAUAAGUGAAGUAGCGC